GGACUACCUGACGAAUUCCAUAUCAUCAAGUCUUCUAACUAACAAAAUGCUGAGUACAUCCAUCCUACUCAUCACCCUCGCCGCGACGGGUCUGGCACAGACUGCAGCACCAGAGGGCUAUCGUAAGGUGUACAUCACGUCCAAUGUGAACCCCAAAUUUGUCGUUGUGCCAAAGGCCGCCACGAGCGGGAGCACCGUUGUCGUGAAAACGCUCAACAACAAGCCGGAACAGCAGUGGUACAUCAAGGAUGGCACCAGCAAGAUCCAGCUGGUGGACAGCACCCUCUGCCUAGAUGGAGGCGCCCAGAACAACUGGCGGGAUAUGGGCAACAUUUACGUCAACACGUGCGCGGACGGCGUCGCUUCCCAGAACUGGCUGGUCAUAGGCGAUGGCCGCAUUGCGUUGGAGCCGACCAACAAGAAGCAGUGUAUCGAUCUGCAGUACAUGAGGGCCACCGAGAACAACCCCGUGGGACUCUACAACUGCGCCGGUUUGGGGAACACUGGCGCCGCCGAUAAGGGCAUCAACUGGCCCCUUGUCAACGUCACGGCCUGA